CUCACUUAGCCAUUUCAGUCCGUCUUAAAUUUAUACCAGCGGAGACUUCAGUCUCUCUUGACAGGGAAACUCAUUUCGUCAAUUUCUGAUCCGAUCAUUGGUUUCAGGGUUUGUUGCAAUACGAUUUCGAGAAAUGGCCAGAAAUUUACUUUUUCUGGUCCUCACUCUCUGUCUAACAUCUAUCUGCAAAGCUGCGAUCUUUAAUCCCAUCUCCGAAGCUCACCGAUCUGCCGCCUUGGAGCUUUUCAUACCAACCGAUGGAUCUUUUGGAAGCUUAGAACAAGCACAUGAAGCUAUAAGAACCUUCAACAUUCUUGGAAUUGAGAAAGAUCUGAAUAUAAAGGAUUCCACUUGUUCUUCUGUGGUGGAUACUCUUGGAUCACCCUCAACAAGUCCAAAGGAAUUGUUCUAUGCAUUGAAAGUGAAUAAUGUAUUGAAAUGUGAAGUUAAAGGGGAUGUCUUUGAGGGCAUUGCUUCAAGGCUUAAAACAUCUAUUGAGAGUGCAAAUUCAUUGCUUGACUUCUACCACUCCGUAGGAACUCUACGCCUUAUCAAGGACCAAGCUACAGAAAUUGACGUGCUUCUUGCAGAUGCGGAAGGAGUCUUCCAAUCUGUAAAGGCAUUGAGCCAAAGUGAUGGAAGAUGGCGCUACAGUUCCAGCAAUCCAGGGUCCAGUACUUAUGCUGCUGGAAUAGCGCUUGAAACCUUAGCAGGUGUAAUCUCAUUGUCAACUUCUGAGAUAGAUUCAUCUCUGAUUACAACUUUGAAGAGUGAUAUACUGAAGCUUUUUGACAGUAUUGAGAAGUAUGAUGAUGGGACAUAUUACUUCGAUGAGAAACUUGUUGAUGCACGUGAAAACCACGGCAUUCUUUCUGUCACAUCAUCAGUUGUCCGUGGUGUGGCAGCUUUUUCAAGUUCAACAUCAGAAAAUCUAAAUCUUCCAGGGGAAGUAAUAUUGGGUCUGGCAACAUUUUUCCUUAGCAUUGAUAUUCCUGGCAGUGCAAAAGAAUUGUAUGACCAGCUUGAUGGAUUAGCUUGCUUGGAAAGCAGCAGGGUUUCCAUUCCACUCAUUUUAUCACUUCCAGCUACUGUGCUUUCUUUGACUAGAAACGAUCAACUAAAGGUAAGAAUUAGCACUCCACUUGGAUCCACUGCACCACCUCUACUGGUAAAACUAGUUCAAGCUUCUCAUUCCAGCUCAAAAGGUUCUUCAGUCAUUAAAAGCCAGGAGCUGAGAUUUGAUUUUGAUAAUAAUAUUUAUAUCUUGGACUCUUUACCGGAGACUGUUGACGUUGGAAAUUACAUUUUCAUCUUUGAAACUGUGUUAUCUGAUUUGGAGAAUGAGAAAAUAUAUACCACUGGAGGCAGGUCAAGGGUACCCAUUCAUGUCACAGGAGUUAUCAAUGUAGAUAAUGCAGAAAUUGCUGUGCUGGAAAGUGACAAUGGGAGUUCGGAAACUAAGAAAAAGCUAGACAUAGCAGGUGAUAACACAAUUUCCUUGUCAGCAAACCACCUACAAAAACUGAGGUUGUCUCUUAAAUUGACCACUCCACGUGGACAGCCAUUUAAACCACACCAGGCUCUCCUCAAGCUGAGACAUGAAUCCACCAAAGUUGAACACAUCUUUGUUUCGGGAAAUUCUCAGAAGCAAAUUGAGAUAAUAUUAGACUUCCUUGGGCUGGUUGACAAGUUCUUUUAUCUUUCUGGUAAAUAUGAUAUCCAACUCACUAUUGGCGAUGCUGUUAUGGAAAAUUCUUUCUUACAAGAUCUGGGAUAUAUUGACUUGGAUCUUCCUGAAGCACCAGAGAAAGCAACUCGACCUCCUUCUCAACCUGUUGAUCCUUUAUCAAGAUACGGUCCCAAAGCAGAGAUAACUCACAUUUUCAGGACUCCAGACAAGCGUCCACCACAAGAGCUCUCUCUUGCCUUCUUAGGACUUGUUGUCUUGCCCUUAAUAGGCUUCCUUGUUGGGAUCUUGUGUUUGGGUGCCAAUCUGAAGAGCUUCCCUUCAUCUGCAGUACCAGCCACGUUUUCCUUGCUGUUCCAUUUAGGCAUAGCGGCAGUUCUUUCACUUUAUGUACUAUUUUGGUUGAAGUUGGAUCUUUUCACAACAAUGAAAACGCUUGGACUUUUGGGGAUCUUCAUAAUGUUUGUUGGGCACAGGACCCUUUCUUACCUUGCCUCGGCUUCAUCCAAGUUGAAAUCCGCGUGAAGUAACUGAUGGGGUAGAGGGGAUAACGAUAAUUUUUACGUAAGCUGCAAAGAUGCCUUACUCAUCAAGUUUUGCUGUUAGGAUACUGGUUUGCAAACAUGCAUUCUGAAAAGACAGAUCUUUUAUUUUUAUUUCUUUUGUUUUUAUCCUUGCCACUUUUUUUAUUAAUCAAUUUUACAUUUACUCAUUAGGGAUUUUGGGGAGAUAGGAAAUUUAAUUAGUACUUCUAUCCAUUGGCUGAGUAUGUAUGUAGAACCUCCUAAUAAUCCGGUAGAAUCUUUAGCUUUGAAUUCAAAAGAGAGUUUGGCAUUGGCAUGAAAUUGAUCAAACAAUGAAUACUACUUUUUAUAGAUAUAAUUUUAUUGAUUUUAUUUUGGUUAG